CGCGGCCCGGAGCUGGUUUGAUGGGUGGAGCGGCGGCGGAGGAUGGAGUCGGUGGUGUUCCUCUUCUCUCUCCUCGACUGUUGCGCGCUCAUUUUCCUCUCCGUCUACUUCAUCAUUACAUUGUCUGAUUUAGAAUGUGAUUACAUUAACGCUAGAUCAUGUUGCUCAAAAUUAAACAAGUGGGUAAUACCAGAGCUGAUUGGCCACACCAUUGUCACUGUGUUAAUGCUUAUUUCGUUGCACUGGUUCCUGUUUCUUCUCAACUUACCUGUCGCCACUUGGAAUAUAUAUAGGUUCAUUAUGGUGCCAAGCGGUAACAUGGGAGUGUUUGAUCCAACAGAAAUACACAAUCGGGGACAGCUAAAGUCACACAUGAAAGAAGCCAUGAUCAAGCUUGGUUUCUAUUUGCUCUGUUUCUUCAUGUAUCUCUACAGUAUGAUUCUAGCUUUGGUAAAUGACUGAAGCUGGAGAAGCCGGUGUUGAAGCCAACCUACACUACACUGCACAAGUGAGGAGCCAGAGAAUACGUAAACCACCCUUAGAACCGUGACCAGAGCAGUAUAUAUUUUGGUCUUUGAACAAAAAAUAUUUUUGCUGUAUUUUUACCAUAUAAAGUAUUUAAAAAAAUGAA